CAAUGGAAGCCAACCAUGACGCAUGGGAAAGCUUCAAGGAAGAGCGGGCACAGCGCGUCGCUGGCGCGCUUUCCCUCGUCCUGUACGCGAUGGUGGCGCUCGGCGUGCUCUCUCGCCUCGCACUGCACGUACGCCACGGCAGUGGGCUCCGCCGCGUGACGUUCCACGUGCUCUUGCUGCACGUGAUCGUCGGCAACAUUCCGUUCAGCGUCCAAGCUGUGUUUUACCCGCGUAGCCAGCGCUGGAUUGGUGCCUUCGUGGCCUCGCUGUUGGCCGACACGCUUCUCUGCUGCUCGCUCGCGAUGCUCUCGAUUGCCUGGGCCCGCGUCGCCAUGGUCGGGCAGUACGCGCACGGCCCCGUGCGCUUCAAACGCUUCAUCAUUGGUAUCUCCGUCGCCAUGGUACUCGCAAUGCUUGUGACUGACGGUGCCGUAUUCACCUUCUCCGACGACGUCGCUGGCGCGAGCGAUUACAACGAGAGCAUUUUGCACAUUUUGAUCGUCUCGCUCGGCUCGGUUGUCAUCCUUUUCACGUCGAGCUUGCUACUCUUCCAGGCGACUCGCAUCUACCGGCGCAUGCUCCAGUCGCGAAGCAUGCUCAGCGCGACCGUCUUCUCGCGGUCCGCGACCAAACUCUUUGUGUCUGUCUGGAUCAUCAUGCUCUGCAACGUCCUUCGCGUCUUCUUCAUCGUGUGCGACGCCUGUGAGUUCCGCUUCGUACGCGAGAUGGACGUCGUGCCACACACGGUGUGGGCAUACCUCGUGCCCAACGUCUUCCCCGUCAUCUGCCUCCUCUACCUCCAACGCCGCAUGCCCGCCGCCUCGCGCAAGGUGCAGCGCGUCGCCGUUGCCGGCGGCGCAGAAGACGCGCUACAGACCGCCACGGCGACAAUGGACGCGGCGUGGAACGACCACGCGAGCCCGAGCGGCCACGCGUAG